GCUGUCAGAAAUCUGCGCGACUAGUUUAGUUGCUUAAAUGACAAACCAAACAACAAACUUUUAACAGUUAGUCCACCGGGCUUCUGCUGUGACUUAGGAGUGUGUGAAAUGGACAUAUGUGAGGUGCUGUGUCAACUGUGAAGAGUAAACCAUUUGCCAGAAAGGCCUAUUAUGUGAACAACCCAGCCUCUCCAACCAAGUGAGGAAAGUUAUUUAGUGCGACAAAUAUUUCUGGAGAAAAGAACGGCCAUGCUGUGUUUCAUGAAGAUGUAUCCUCUGAAAAACUCCCAACAGAUUGUUUGGAUCAACGUAACCACACGCAGCCAGAGAGGAGGGACUGUUUGCAGCUCUGAGAGCCAGCUGUCGUUCGCUCAGAACUGGGUCUCUUCUCUUCCUGACUACCCCGUUCUCCACUGGCCUCAUCACUCCAUGGGACUCCAGACCUGGCCGCCAAGCACACCACUACUAUCCACUAUGGCCUGCCUUGAUGUGGAGACCCCUUCAAUCUGCAGGGGUAAAUUCAAAUCAGUCCUCCAGCUCUGUCUGCAGCAGAGGAGAACUCGGGAGCAGCUUGUGGAGCAAGGCAUCAUGCCCCCUCUGAAAACACCUGCUGCCUUUCACGAGCAGAUCCGCAGCCUGGAGAGAGCCAGGACUGGGAACUUCUUAAAGCACAAACUGUGCAGCAGACCUGAGCGCUCUGAGCUGGUCCGGAUGCACAUACUACAAGAGACGCAGGCUGAACCCUCCCUGCAGGCCACACAGAUGAAGCUGAAGAGGGCCAGACUGGCUGAUGAUCUCAAUGAGAAGAUUGCACAGCGGCCUGGACCCAUGGAGCUGGUGGAGAAAAACAUCCUGCCUGUUGAAUCUGCUGUCGAAGAGGUCGUCGAAGACGAUAAGGCAAACUUCUCAAAAUCACCAGAUAUUUACAACUUUGAUGAGGACAGCAGUGAUGCCUUUUCACCACAACAGCCUGCCAGCCAAAAAUCUCCAAGCUCCACCUCCGCCUCUCCAAGGGAGUUGGCAGAGACUGAGACAACAACUUCUUCUUCUAACUUAAAAUCUCCCAUGCAGCACUCCCCACCAUCCAGCUCACAGCCCGCAUCAGAUUCCAUCAACCUCAUCGCCACCAAUGAGCAACAGAGCAACAAACAAGCAUCUACACCUCAGACAGUCACCACUGUUAUCCCCAGUAUCACGCCAGGGCCAGUUCUUGUGAAGCAAAGCCUGCCCAAGCUGCCCGGCGAUAAAAGCCGCAGCAAAAGGAGCAAAGAGCCCAAACCACGGGUGAAAAAGUUAAAGUACCAUCAGUACAUUCCCCCAGACCAGAAGCAGGAGCUCAAUGAGGUGCCGAUGGACUCAACAUAUGCCCGCCUCCUGCAGCAGCAGCAGCAGUUCCUUCAGCUACAGAUCUUAAGCCAGCAGCAGUUCAACUACCAGGCUGUCCAGCCUGCCACACUAAAACCAACAACUGAGGUACAUACCAGCUGUCCCAGUGUUGUUCUGAGUGGAAACACUGCGCCUACAUGUGUGCAGCCCCGGCACAUUCAGACAAACCACAAGCCGGAUCAUUUACCAGCUAAUCUGGACGAGAUGAAGGUUGCAGAGCUGAAAACGGAACUAAAACUCAGGUCUUUACCUGUUUCUGGGACUAAGACAGAUCUGAUAGAGCGGCUAAAGCAGUAUCAGGAGAACUCCAGCAUCCACACCACUGCUUCCAUUGAGACAACGGCCGUCACAGCAGCCUCACAGUCUGAAAACAUGAAGUUAACCCCGCCUGUGUCACCUAUAGCCUCCAAGGUGUCCCGUCUGGGCAUUGAUGACAGCAGUAUAGCAGAAAGCCCCACCAAGCUUUCAAAUGCUGUGUCUCCAACUCAGACUGCUCCCUGUGUGAGCUCCCCACAGCGAGCUCCACAGGAAGAGUGUCCCAUAGAGACAAGGCCUCAUGAGAGGGACUCUGACAAGGACAAACGUCUCCAUGAGAAGGAGCGCCAGAUUGAGGAACUGAUGAGGAAGCUGGAGCAGGAGCAGAGGCUGGUGGAGGAGCUGAAGAUGCAGCUGGAGUCGGAGAAGAGGUGUCAGCAAGGAGAUUCUCCACCUCAGCUCAGCCCUCUUGCUCCCAUUCAGAUUAAAGAGGAAAAUAGGACUCCAUCAAACUGCUCAGCAUCCUGCAGUUCACCUGGUCUGCCGGUGUUGGUCAAACAAGAGGACGUGGCAGAGCAGUGCCACUUAGCUCCUCAAAAUCGGUUCAUCAUCAGCCACCAGACUAUCAAGCCUGAAACCCUGCAGCCUGUCCAGGCUGGAGCUCAGAUUCUCCUGCCUGCAUCCCUUCCUGCCUCAGCAGUCACUAUCCAGCUCCCUGCCAACAGCAUCAAAUUACACACUACUGUUAGCAGCGCAGGCCCAGGCCUCAUCCAGACCUCUGGACAGGUGCCACAGAAAAUAGAGGCCUCAGCAGCAUUACAGCAGCAAUGCAGCACUCAGCCCCUGACAAAGACUUGGGGGAUGGAUGGUACUGCACAAAGCUUACUCAACACAUUCCCAGCAAGUGGAUGUCCCGUGGGAGCCUCCACGUGCCAAGCUGGUCCUGAAGGACGUACAAAUAAGUCUUCCCGCACCAGCCAGCCAACUUUCAUGCAACAGCCAAAAUUCUCCAACCAUGUGUCAAAGUGUAAAGACCCACCCCGCUACGAGGACGCAGUUAAACAGACACGCAGCAUGCUAACAGCUGUUCAGGGUCCAACUGCAGCUAGCCAACAGAUGGAUGACCUGUUUGAUGUGUUAAUCGAAAGUGGUGAGAUUUCCCCCUUCAUCAGACAGGAUCCUCUCAGCCAGGACAAGCCUCUCCCGGUGACAGCCAGUGUAACCACCCUUCCCAUCAACACGGCUUUAUCCCGCCCUCCACCUGUGGUCCAAGUGGCCCAGUUGCCUCCAGCACCGCUCAACCCUUCGACCAGCUUGGCAGCCCUGACCUCUAACACUGAACUGAAGACCCUUCUGGACGGCGCACUGGGCUCUCACACUGACCCACAAACACUUAAGCUGAUGGACGAGCUACACUCACCCAUGGAGGUAGACUUUAAUGAAAACACACCGCCGUCUGCUUUGAACUUGCACAGCACCAACAUGGACAACAUGGAUUGGCUGGACCUUACUCUGUCUGUGCCAGCAGACGGAGUUAACUCUUUGGACAUGUCAACACCUAUGGGUGUCUUCUCUUCGGACUUCCUGGACUCCCAUGAACUGCACUUGAACUGGGACUGAGCGCCGUCGAGACGCGAUGCGCCUAGCUAACUUUUUCAGACGAACGUACUCUUUUUAUGCCAGGGACGAUGGCUUUCCUCCUUCUGUGAAAAAAAAGUUGAGCUUUUGAGCGUUAGAGCGGCUUCCUGAAGUUAUAAAUCAGCUCAGUAAUAAUCUAAUUGUGCAGCAUAGAAAUCAGUUUAGAAACCGCUGCAUUACUUCCUUUGAGGUCUUUAAUUGUUAUGGGAAGACUGAUAUAACAUUGGACUGGUACUGGCAUAUUGAGCUGAGAGUGGAAGCAGAUUUUUUUUAUUUCAAUCUUUUGUUACUUCAUUUAUUGUCAUCAAUCUGUUCUCAUGUUACUGAUUAUUUUUGUCCUCUGAAUUUAAUAAUUCCACAGUGCUGUAUUGACCAUGGUAAUGGCUGAAACAGCCGCAAAAUGUUCUGGUCUCGACUCCUGGUUUCAGAAAUAAUGUACAAACACUAUAUAUAGCUGAGGGGCUGUUACCUGAUGUUGUUCAUUCUGUCUUCAAAUGAUUAUCACCACCAAAACAGACUGUAAACACACAACUGCUUAAUGUUUUUGUGUAAAUUUUGACACAUAAAUCAGAUGUUUAACUAA